AUGGCCGACGAUUGUGUUUGUGGCGAAGUUGGUCAACAUAUAAUCCAGCAAACCGUACUACCAAGCCGCGAAACUGCAGUCGAUAGCAUCUUGAUUUUGUAUGAGCAGUUCAAACCCUUGGCACGCGGAGUACUCAAGUGCUCCAUCUGCUCUAUCGAUCGCUCGAUACUCUUGGACGUCCUACAUGCCCUGGAGAGGCUCAUCGAUCUCUGCAGCAGCGCGAUUGCUUCCAUAGAUUCAGGUUCAACAGCAAGCGAGAACAACCUUCCUGAGCCUAUGUUGCGCCACGGUGAAGAGAGCCAGAACCCAACAGUUAGCUCCAAAGACCACACAAAUGAAAAACCUCGAGUUGUCCUCGGCCGGGCAUACAAUGCUACAGAUGAUAGCCCUUACUAG